AUGGCGGCGGCCGCCGGGGAGCGGGGCCGCACCAGCUUCCAGCGCAGGCCCGGGGCCGGCCCGCGGCCGCCUGCCCUGCCGGGCACUCGGCCCUCGGUGCGCCACGGGCAGCUGCUGCUCUCCAGCGGGCUGCCCUCCCUGGACUGUGUGCUAGGUGGAGGCGUAGCUGUUGGAACCCUUCUUCUUAUUGAGGAGGAUAAAUAUGGCCUUUACUCCAAUUUGUUGUUGAAGUAUUUUCUCGCAGAGGGAAUUGUCUGUGGACAUGACCUGUUUGUUGCUUCUGCCAAAGAGCAUCCUGACAACAUUUUGAAGGAACUUCCAGCCCCUUUGCUUGAUGAUUCCUACAGGAAGGAAUUGGGAGAUGAAGCAGCAGCUGUGAAGUCUGAGGAUUUUCAGGAUUCUAUGAAAAUAGCCUGGCGCUACCAAAAUUUACCAAAAAUUGAGACCAGCCCAACAACCUAUACAAAGUUUGGCCAUUAUUAUGAUGUUUCUAAAAAAAUGUCUCCAGAACUGUGUCAGUCUGUGAAAUUGCACAGUUUUUACCUCCACGAAGAAUUGCCUUUCGAGCCUAAAAUGAAAACAUGGAAUAUGAACAGUGGUUAUGCAAGGCUGCUUCAGUCCAUUCAGAGGAUCAUUUCCCAGGGGGGCUUUGAUGGCUCUGAUCCCCAGAAAAAACAAAGGAAUGUUUUGAGGAUAGGAAUUCAGAGCCUGGGUUCCAUCCUGUGGGGUGAUGAUGUUUGUUGCAGUGAUGCUCCUGAGGAUCCUCAGAGCCUGACCAAAUUCCUGUAUGUUCUGCGUGGUCUGCUCAGGAAAUCCCUGUCAGCCUGCAUCAUCACAGUGCCUGCUCACCUCAUCCAGAAUAAAGCAAUUAUGGAACGUGUAACAAACUUGUCAGAUAUGGUGGUUGGUCUUGAAUCAUUUAUUGGCUCUGAGAGAGAAACCAAUCCAUUGUACAAGGAUUACCACGGUUUGGUUCAUGUACAUCAGAUUCCUCGGCUUAAUAGCUUGAUCUGUGAUGUGUCAGACACCAAGGACCUUGCUUUUAGAUUAAAAAGGAAGCAGUUCACCAUCGAGCGGCUGCAUUUGCCUCCAGACUUGUCAGACACAGUGAGCCGCGCGAGCAAACAGGAUCUGGCAGGAUCCGCCAAACUGCUGAGCUCAGGAUGUGGCGCCAUGGCCAUCGGCAAGAAGCACCUGGACUUCUAGUGAUUUCUGCUUAGCAGCCUCACUCACAUUCAGCUGACACUCUCAUUAGGAGUGUUAAUGACUUAUAUAAAUAUUUUUCUUAAUGAUUUGACCCAGCAGUCUUUAAAAAUACGUGUUGUCAUAUGAUGCCUUCCUUUUUUUUUUUUUUUUUUUUUUUUGUGUGUUCUCUUUCUUUGUACUAAAUUUGGUCUCGUUUGGGUUUUGCUUUUUGUUUGAUCUUCUAUUCUGUUGGGUCCUGCCGUUGUUCUGCUCCAUUGGAAACAGGUAGUAUUUUGUUCCUUUACUUAAAAUACAAAAAUUGCAAUUACCCUUUCAAUUAUUUUUUUUAACAUUAAAAAUAAAGGGAUGUUUUUCCCAAAAGAAUUUUUUAUAUAUAAUAUUUUGUAUGAAUAAUGGCUUUAUUGAAAUAAAGGAAUGGAGCUAA